UCACCGCCUCCCAGCAUCCCUGGCACAGCAGCGCGGCCAUUUUCCCUAUAGUUUCAGACUGACUGACGGACAGACAGGGCCGCUGGAGCGUCCCACACCCAUCCUCCUGUUUUAUCCAUCCGGCUGCUCGCUCCUCCUUGUCUCUCACUAUAGUCUCUAAUUGACGCACCGCUGCGUUCAACGCUCUCCAGCGCUGCUAAAGCUGAGGCUGACUCUCCUUUCCGUACCCCCCGGCGGAUUCUCCAUGUAUGGAUGCGCCAAGGAAAGGGAUGCUGUAGGCUGACCAAAGACUCAGAGAGAGCGAGAAAGAGAAAGAGAGAGAGAGAAAGAGACGAAAAAUACAGGCUGCUGAGGAGAUUCUAGAAGGAGGCACCGGAGGAUCCGGGCGCUGUUUUGAAUGGGCAGAGGAUUCACCCCCUGCGAUCGUCGAGUUUGAGUUGCUGAGGUGCCAGGUGUGUGUCUGUGCAGCCACACAGAUCUUCAGCUCUCCUGCUCGCUCGCACACCCUCCUGCAACAUGGCGGUGGCUUCAGUGAAGGUGGCGGUGAGGGUCCGACCCUUCAACUCCAGAGAGAUUGGGAAGGACAGCAAGUGCAUCAUUCAGAUGACAGGAAACACCACAACGAUCCUGAACCCCAAACAGCCGAAAGAGAACAAGAGUUUCAACUUUGACUAUUCUUACUGGUCACACACCACGCCCGAUGACAUCAGCUUUCACUCCCAGAAGCAGGUGUACAAGGACAUCGGAGAGGAGAUGCUGCUUCACGCUUUUGAAGGCUACAACGUGUGCAUAUUUGCAUAUGGCCAGACAGGAUCGGGCAAGAGCUACACCAUGAUGGGACGACAGGAGCAGGACCAGCAGGGAAUUAUACCUCUGCUGUGUGAAGACCUUUUCACCAAGAUCCAUGGCAGCAAUAGCGACAACAACAUGUCUUACUCAGUGGAGGUGAGUUACAUGGAGAUCUACUGUGAGCGUGUGCGCGACCUGCUGAAUCCCAAGAACAAAGGAAACCUGCGUGUCCGAGAGCACCCUCUGAUGGGACCCUAUGUUGAGGAUCUGUCCAAACUAGCCGUCACCAAUUUCAACGACAUCCAGGACCUGAUGGAGUCUGGAAACAAGGCCAGGACUGUGGCUGCUACCAACAUGAAUGAAACCAGCAGCCGCUCCCACGCCGUCUUCAACAUCAUCUUCACGCAAAAAAAACACGACAUGGAUUCGGAGAAUACCUUAGAAAAGGUCAGCAAGAUCAGCCUGGUGGACCUGGCUGGCAGCGAGAGAGCCGACUCAACCGGAGCUAAAGGAACCAGGCUUAAGGAAGGAGCAAACAUCAACAAAUCUCUGACUACGCUGGGGAAAGUUAUUUCUGCUCUGGCUGAACAGGAGUCAGUACCAAACAAGAACAAGAAAAAGAAGAAGGUGGAGAGUUUCAUUCCCUACAGAGACUCAGUUCUGACUUGGCUACUGAGGGAGAACCUGGGAGGAAACUCUCGUACAGCCAUGGUGGCUGCCCUCAGCCCUGCGGACAUUAACUACGAUGAGACUCUCAGUACCCUCCGGUACGCUGAUCGGGCCAAACAGAUCCGCUGUAACGCUGUGAUCAACGAGGACCCCAACAACCGUCUGGUGCGUGAGCUGAAAGAGGAGGUGGCUCGCCUCAGAGACCUGCUGUUUUCACAGGGCCUGGGAGACAUCAUAGAGAACCUGUGCGAUUACAAGAACUUUGUGAAUAAUCGCCAGGCUGUCAAUCAAGGGGGUGAUCUCUCCGCAGUGUCCAAUGCCAUGACAGGAAUGAGUCCCUCCCCCUCGCUCUCGGUCCUGUCCAAUCGCAUCGGGACCAUCAGCAACCUCCAUGACCGCAUCUUCAGCCCGGCCAGUGAAGAGGCCAUCGAGAGGCUCAAGGAAACCGAGAAAAUCAUCGCAGAGCUCAAUGAGACUUGGGAAGAGAAGCUGCGGCGUACCGAGGCCAUCCGUAUGGAGAGAGAGGCCCUGCUGGCUGAAAUGGGUGUUGCCAUGAGAGAAGAUGGAGGAACUUUGGGCGUCUUCUCCCCGAAAAAGGUACCAGGCUCGUCACUGUUGCGCAGUAGUUUGAUACAUUUACAGCAUCUGUACAAACACACAAACACUAAAACAUAUUUGUCAUUAUUUCCCUUUCAGACGCCUCAUCUGGUGAAUCUGAACGAAGACCCGCUGAUGUCAGAGUGUCUGCUGUAUUAUAUCAAAGACGGCAUCACCAAGGUUGGCCGUGAAGAUGCCAAGUCUCGCCAAGACAUUGUUCUCAGCGGCCAUUUUAUCAGAGAUGAACACUGCACCUUCAGCAGCACCACGAGUCCUAUGGGAGAAGGAUGUGUCAUCCUGGAGCCAUGUGAGGGGUCAGAGACGUACGUCAACGGGAAGCGAGUUAGCUCUCCCACUGUGCUGCGAUCUGGGAACCGCAUCAUCAUGGGAAAGAGCCACGUGUUUCGCUUCACCGACCCGGAGCAGGCUCGUCUGGAGCGAGAGAAGACGCCGUGCGCUGAGACGCCGGUUGAGCCCGUCGACUGGGCCUUCGCUCAGAGAGAGCUGCUGGAGAAGCAGGGCAUCGACAUGAAGCAGGAGAUGGAGCAGAGGCUUCAGGAGCUCGAAGAUCAGUACCGCAAAGAAAGAGAAGAAGCCAGUAACCUGCUGGAACAACAGAGACUGGACUAUGAGAGUAAACUGGAGGCUCUUCAGAAACAAGUGGACUCCCGGUACCUGGAGUCUCCUGAGGAAGAAGAGGAACCCGAAGAGGAAGUGCCGUGGACGCCACGUGAGACUGAGUUGGCUCUGUGGGCUUUCAGGAAGUGGCGUUUCUACCAGUUCACCUCUCUCAGGGAUCUGCUUUGGGGCAACGCCAUCUUCCUCAAAGAGGCCAAUGCCAUAAGUGUGGAGCUAAAGAAAAAGGUUCAGUUCCAGUUCGUCUUGUUGACAGACACUCUAUACUCUCCCCUGCCCCCCGACCUGCUGCCCCCGAGCAUUGCCAAAGAGAGGGAGAGACGACCUUUCCCCCGAACCAUUGUCGCCGUUGAAGUGCAAGAUCAGAAGAACGGAGCCACACAUUACUGGACUCUAGAGAAACUCAGGCAGAGGCUGGACCUGAUGAGGGAAAUGUACGAUCGUGCUGCAGAGCUCCCCAGCAGUGCUGUGGAGGACUGUGACCACGCUCUGACCGGAGGCGACCCCUUCUACGACCGCUUCCCCUGGUUCCGUCUUGUCGGCAGGGCUUUUGUGUACCUGAGCAACCUGCUGUACCCGGUGCCUCUGGUACAUCGCGUGGCCAUCGUCAGUGAGAAAGGAGAGGUGAAAGGCUUCCUCAGAGUGGCUGUGCAGGCCAUCUCAGCUGAUGAGGAGGCCCCUGAUUAUGGCUCUGGUGUGAGGCAGUCAGGCACUGCCAAGAUCUCCUUUGAAGAUAAACAGUUUGAGAAGUUCCAGACUGAGUUGUGUCCUGGUGUUCUGUCCCCCAUCAACUCCUCCUCCGAGGAGCUGCGAAUCGUGGAGGGCGAAGGACCGAGCGCAGAGAUAGGAAUCUCUGCCGAUGAAGUCAACAACAACACCUGUCCAGAGGCUCCCCGCAGCCCAGUAAAGAGCUCAGGUCGGGAUCUGGAUCUUCCUCUGGACCUCUCCCCGGAGAAAGCUCUGUCCCAUCUGAAGAUCGGCAGCACCUUCACCUUCAGAGUUACCGUCUUACAGGCCUCCAGCAUCUCAGCCGAGUACGCCGACAUCUUCUGCCAGUUCAACUUCAUCCACCGCCAUGACGAAGCUUUCUCCACUGAGCCGCUGAAGAACACGGGCAGAGGACCUCCGCUGGGCUUCUACCAUGUUCAAAAUAUCACAGUGGAGGUGACAAAGUCCUUCGUGGAGUACAUCAAGACUCAGCCCAUCGUCUUCGAGGUGUUUGGUCACUAUCAGAAACAGCCUUUCCCUCCGCUCUGCAAAGACCUGAUCAGUCAGCUGCGACCUUCCAGGAGGCAGUUCCCCCGGGUGAUGCCCUUAUCCAAACCAGUGCCGGCCACAAAGCUCAGCACUCUGACUCGCUCCACCGCAGGGCCUUGUCACGCCAAAUACGACCUCAUGGCCUUCUUUGAGAUCUGUGAGCUGGAGGCUAACGGAGACUACAUCCCAGCUGUUGUUGACCACAGAGGUGGGAUGCCCUGCCACGGCACGUUCCUCUUACAUCAGGGCAUCCAGAGGAGGAUCACAGUUACCAUCGCUCAUGAAACAGGAAAUGAUAUUGAGUGGAAAGAGGUGAAGGAGCUGGUUAUUGGCCGUAUUCGAAACACACCAGAGGCUGAUGAGACCAUCAUAGACCCCAACAUCCUGUCCCUCAACAUUCUGUCUUCUGGAUACUUCUGGCCAAAACACAACGACAAGGUCUCCUUGGGAGUUGAUGAUAGAACUUUCUACCGAUUUGAGGCAGCAUGGGACAGCUCCAUGCACAACUCUCUGCUUCUGAACAGAGUCACUCCCUAUGGGGAGAAGAUCUACAUCACCCUCUCUGCUUAUCUAGAGAUGGAGAACUGCACUCAGCCAACAGUGAUCACCAAAGAUUUCUGCAUGGUGUUUUACUCCCGUGAUGCGAAGCUGCCGGCCUCUCGCUCCAUCAGAAACCUCUUCAGCACCGGCUGCCUCCGGCCCUCUGAGAGUAACCGUGUCACUGGCGUCUAUGAAGCCACUCUUUGCCAUGUGGCGGACAAUGGAAGUCCAGGCAUGCAGCGUCGUCGCAGGCGUGUGCUGGACACCUCGGUGGCGUACGUCCGAGGAGAGGAGAACCUGGCUGGAUGGAGGCCUCGCAGCGACAGCCUCAUCCUGGACCACCAGUGGGAGCUGGAGAAACUCAGUUUACUGCAGGAGGUGGAGAAGACCAGGCACUACCUGCUGCUGAGGGAGAAGCUGGAGGCGACUCUGCUGGCGGGACAGGAUGCGCUCUACAAGAGCAGCGACAUCAGCGAUUUUGCAAAGAGUCCCGUCCUCAGCCACAGUCCCGGCAGCAGCCCUGCCCUCGACAGCCCCAACCAGAGGCAGAGGGAGCUGGCUGCCAAGUGUCUGCGUCUGCUAAUGCACACCUUCAACAGGGAGUACAGCCAGGUGAGCAGCAGUGCCAGUGAGAGCAAGCUUUCUGAGAUGUCUGCGUCGCUAAUGAGCAACUCCUCGUCUGGACUGAGCACGCUCACUCCGUCCUCUACCUGCCCCUCACUGGUCGAGGGAAAUUAUGACAUUAGACACACUGAACCCAGUUCAGGAGCGUCCACACCAGAUCUGGACCCGUACAGCCCCGUGGACAGAAAGAAAGCUCUCAGAGGAUGCACCUUUGUUCCUGACAUACAGGAGAUCCGUGUCAGCCCCAUUGUGUCAAAGAAGGGUUACCUGCACUUCCUGGAGCCCCACACCAGCGGCUGGAUGAAGCGUUACGUGGUGGUGCGCAGGCCCUACGUCUACCUGUACCGCAGCGAGAGGGACAGCGUGGAGAGAGCUGUCAUCAACCUGUCAUCUGCGAAGGUGGAAUACAGUGAGGACAAACAGACCUUACUGCGGACACCCAACACGUUUGCUGUAUGCACUGAGCAUCGUGGAAUACUGCUGCAGGCCACCAAUGACAAAGAGAUGCACGACUGGCUGUACGCUUUUAACCCUCUGCUAGCCGGCACCAUCAGGUCAAAGCUCUCCCGGAGAAAGUCGGUCCAGUCGGUCCCGUCUGCUAUGAGGAUGUGAGAGGUGAACCGGCCUGGUGGAAAACAACAAACAAACAUACAAAACAAUACAAUCUAAAGGCUCAACUCAGCAUCCUGCUCUAAUGAACAUAGACCAUAUAAACAAACUUAUACAUAAACCACUUAAAUAACCCUCUGUAUGACGACUGUCCCACUCCCAAACAUCACUCGAUCGCUCAUCCCUAAAACCAACAAAACUGUCUUUUCUCUCUUUUUUAAAUCGCCACCUUAAAACCCUGCAUGGUGUGCUCCCUCCUGACCUUUAGCAGAAACAUAAGACAAACUAACCACCCAAACCUGUUAAUACACUUACCCCUGCUGAGCGUUGGGACUCGUUUUUAUCAGCUUUCAUGUAGAAAUCUGUCAUCUGUAAGACUACCAUUUCCCUGUAGAGAGUUAGUAUGUGGUCAGUCCCUCCUUUAUUCAUAAUAACUGAAAAUAAGUCCCAGUUCUAAAUCAGCCAUUUGUUUAUUUCUAAUUAACGCCAUCGGGUGAGGGGGAAAUUGACGCUUUGUAGAGUUGUGUAAAGUGCAGGGAUGAUCGCUCCAUACAACCAUCAUAUAUUGUACAUUACCUCAGUUUGGAUUGGCUUGGUGCUCUACAGCAUAGAGUAUUUGUUUCACUGCAUAUGUUUUAGAUAGCAAACAGAUCAGUCAUUUUAACGUUGAAGUAGCACGAGGGAUUUGUUUGGACAAAAUGGUAUGUUGUUGUUCCUGUGUCGUUAUUUCUUUAACCGAUUCCAAGAAAACUGAGUUUGUUGGCUAGAUUAAUCCAUUAUCAGGAGAGAGAACCCACGUCCUUCUCGUUAUCUGCUUCUUUUUUUAUUUUAUAACCCCUUGUGCGUAUAGAACCAUGAUGGAGAAGUUUAUUUAUUGUUGCUAUUGUAGGUUUUCUGCACUGGUAUUUAUUUGUGACAGGACCACUGACCAGUUUUGUUGCAUGGCACUUUAUUGUCUGUAUUGAGUUUAUGUAUUGUAUCAUUUACUCAGUUAUUUUGACCAAAGCACUUUUUUUUUUUUUCAUUGUAAAUCGUUGUCUAAUGGGCUGCUGUGUUUAUAUUUAGGAUGUUCGAGAAAUAGUUUGCUAUAUUGGGGAAAACGCUCUGCUUUCUUGCCGAGAGUUAGAUUGAUACAACUGAAUGAUGCAGGUACUGUGAAGGCAGUUAGCUUAGCACAACGACUGGAAGCAGAGGUAGACAGCUAGCCUGUCUAAAAGUAACAAAAUCUGCCUACCAGCACCUCUACCAGAUAUCGCCCAGCCCUAUCUCCAAGUGUAACUUUUGGCAAGAGAGCAAAUAUACAUUUUCCCCCAAAUCUAUUGCACUAAAAACGUAUCAAUUAUACCUAAAUCAACCCAAGAUGUUUGACAUGGUAAAUAGGCUACACCAGGAGGAUAACUGUUCUGUAUGUGGCUAGUUUAAACUAGGUACAGUGUGUGGAAUUUAGGGGGAUCUGUUGUCAGAUAUGGAAAAUAAUAUGAAUAAGUAUGUUUUAUUUAGUGUAUAAUCACCUGAAUAUGGGAACUGUUGUGUUUUUGUUACCUUAGAAUUAGCCGUUUAUGUCUACACACCCCUCUUCAUGAAGUCCACUAAGUUGGACCGCCAUGUUUCUACGGUAGCCUAGAACGGACAAACCAAACACUGGCUCUAGAUAGGGUCAUUUGCGUUUUUUUGCUGUGGCCGCCAUAGUUACACACGCUUGGCACUCGGGAGACGUUUCAGUUGGUUGAAAUCUGCAACCUCACCGCUAGAUGCUGCCAAAUCCUACCACUGGUUCUUCAACCGUAAUCAAAUAAGCACUUAUUCUGUCUGUUAUGGGCCAGCAGAGUUGCCACAGUAAAUACGUUUACUAUUUAAGUCUCAUCUAGUAGCUAAAUGGAAAGUUGUAAUUGACCACGGACCUGUAAUCUGUUGAAGGUUGCUUUGAGUGGGCAAGAGCGUUGUCCAUGCACCAGAUAGUGCCUCCCUUUCUUCACCUCUUUUUCUUCUCUCCCUCCUUCAUCGUCGUCUUUAACGCCAACACUAAAGUUUGCUACACGUGUCCAAGAUUGAGCUUUUAUGUAGAGUAAAAGUAGAUGCUGUGAAUCUUUUUUUUAUAUUGAUGAUCUACGUCAAUGUUUUGGAGAGUGAAUAUUAUCAUUGAUGCUAUAGAGUAUGUUGGUAUAGCCUGUAACAGUACAGCGCAUAUCUCAUUAUCAUCCUCUGUAAGUGUUGCAUUUAAAAGCAAUCCCCCCUCUUAGCUUUUGUACUGUAGCUGCUAGUCUAGAUAUUUGACAGCUUGAUGCUUGUGUCAGAAACCAGUAAAGUAUGAUUAGCUUGGUGUUGUUAUGACUUCAAUCUCCAGGGAUGGUUUCUAGAUGCUUUUACAUGCUGUGUGUUAUUUUGCAUUAUACCAAGAUGACCCCAAAUGUUGGUUUGAGAUCAAUAUUAUCAGUGGACGGAAAAGGGUAACAAAAAAACAUGUUGCCUUUGUUAAAGAGAAUUUCUAAGGUGGACAUAAUUUAGAUUCUCUAUUGUAUUGUUUGCAUCUAAAGGGAUAUUAUCUGCAUCUGUUUUUUACAUUCUUCUUUUGUAACUUAAAGACGUGGUCAGCCAACCAUUUCUUCUCUCCCAUUUUCCUCUUCUGUCUCGUCUGACUGAUCAUCUUUUUGUCAAAUCUGAUUUAUAGUCAGUUAACUGAACGUAUUCAGGACUGUACGCCACAGGCCAACCAACCUGUUGAGCAACGCAGCCUAGUACUCAUAAAACCUGUUCAAAAUCGGACUAAUAAAAAGUCAUAUUUCACAUUUAACUUUGUUGCUACGUAGGGCUUCUUUGAUUUAGAAAAAGAUAUUCUGUCUGUUAGCAAAAAAAUAAUUGGGAUUACAUCAUUUAUUUCUGGGUCAUUUUGGUAUAAUCAACUUUGUUGCUUUAUAUAUAUAUACUAUAUAUACUGUAUGUUGUCUCCUGAAACAGAAGACGAAUAGAAAGUUUUAUUUAUAAAGUUUAGAAUCAUAGAUUAAUUAUGGUCUUAAAGUAUAUUGCACUCAUGCACAAGGCAUCUUUAUUUAAUAUGAUUUUGUAUGAUGAUGUUUUAAGAAUGUAUGGAGAAUACUGGUUUGCGUUUACUACAACCCUGUCCUGAAGGGAGAAGAUUAGAUUCUGAAACUCUGCCAUUUUUGCUUCAGCAAUCAAACCACCAACAACACUGCACCAAAUUGCAUUGAUUUUUGUCUGGUUUUGUGUUCAACUGGCAGAUGACUCGCAAUGCUUCCAGCCCAAAUAGUUUAACGGUAUCAUGUUUUUAAACAAAACACUUUGUGAGAUACUUUUGUUGCACUGGCCAAUAAUUGUCGAAAGGUAAAUGAGUUGAUUAAUUUAUAUUUGGCUGCUUUUUAACUGUCAUAGCUCUGGAUCUAAGCAUGCAGGUCCCCUUAUCUUCUGCUGUCCUCUGUCCCUCUCUCCUGCCUUACCGCUUGCUAAUGACAACAGCGUCCCGCCCCCCCCCCCCCCCCCGAAGUGCUGCUUGUAAAGUAUUGUCAUUCAUGACCCUUGUAAUGACUAACUGGAAACCUUCCUCUCGGCUCUGUCUUGUAUAUAAAUGGAGAUUUUCUGUGUUGGGUCUCAUCAUACAGAUGAUAUUAACUCUCUCUUCCUCUAUACCAACAUGAAUAAAGAAUAACUGGCCUGCUGCUUCGUCAAGGGUCACCCCAGAGUAAAGAGUGCUGAUCAGGGAUCAGUUUUGCACAUUUCAGCUCAGUGUGGGUGAGGUGGCCAUGAUGGACCGGAUAGAUGAUCCCAGGUCUGCCACUCUUGCUCUGAGCUGCUUGACAGAAGCAGAAACAGGUCGAAGCCUGUGAUGAAGUCCUAAUCUCAGUGCUCACGCUUAUCUUUUGAGUGUUCUGGAGUUCUUUAUCAUGUCUGUGGACACAUAACAAAAAUUGUCAAGAAAAAAAAAAAAUAAGGCGAAUAAAUAAAUGUGUUGAAAAUUAUGCAA